CCCCGAUUAUCCGAAAUGGAAGGGGGGAAGCCUCUUUCGGAUAAGCCGAUUUUUCGGAUAAUCCGGAUUUAUGGCCGCCAUUUUGAUCGCCGCCAGUUUGAUCGUUGGCAUUGUGGCGUUGCGACUGCCGCCGACUGACGAUGUAAACAAUGAAACCAAACAAACACACGCUACGCUAAACAAAGUAGUACGCUUAAAACAUGUGAUGUAAAUGUUUUAUUGUAUGUUUGUCUGUGUGUCUCCUUGUCUGGACCAGUGUAUGUUGAUACUUGUGAGCGUUGCAGAUCUGAAUUGUGAAUGUUGCAGAGUGCGAUUGUGAAUGGUUGUGCAAGCUUGCAAGUGUGACCUUGAUGCAUCGUGCAGGUGGAGACACAGUAUGAUGACUCAUAUUAUCGCGCAACUCGUAUGUUGGAAGGGGAAUGUGGCAUGGUGUGGAGAGGGGAGUCGUGUUUGUGUCGUUGUCUUGAGAGUACGGUGUGAGAGUAGUCGUGCAGUAGUUUGUUCGUUCGCCGCACCUACGUCCUUGCUGGGGCGAAGGUGCGGACGUGGUGUUGUUGAGAUGUUCUCAAGAAAGGAUCCGGGACGAUCCUAAUGUUCAGUGUUCGUUGAGGUACGCCAGAAGGUGGAAGGAACACCCACGGAACACCUGAGUACUGCCAGGACCACCAUCACAGUGUGGUGUGGGCACAGAAGUUCAACAAUUCGUGAUGAUCAAACCGCUCACCUUCUUCGCUGUUGUAGUAUUGGUUGUCGGGAGCAGUGACACGAAUCAAAUCCCUUGGUGGAACAUCAGAAAGUUUCUCAGUGAGGUUGUGAACACCGGGCUAGGUGCCGCCAAGCUUCAGGAGUACUUCGAAACAGGAUAUCAAUGGCAGUCCGGGGAGGUCGAUGGACCGCGCCGCCUUGAACAGAUUGUUCACCGGGUAUCGAGGGACUUCAACCGAAGCAUCGAAGUUGUGAUGAGGCUGAAGAGAGUCAUCGAGCAGGAGUACGGGACGUGGAAGGAGCAGCCGGCCAACUCGAGUACCCUCUGCUGUGAAGCUAAAGAGCACUCUUCCAAUGGGUGUGCCUUGGUUGUCAAGCAUAACAGACCAACAGACACACCUUUGUGGGCCCCUUCUCCACCUCCUUCUGUUGUACGGGAGUUGAAGCACAAUCAAAAGCUAUACCCAGGAGGUACUUAUCAAUACUUUGCUUUCUCAGAGGGUACAUUGUUUAUGUACCCCUCCAUCUCCAAGAAAGAAGUGCUCCCCUGUGAGGAUUAUGACCCUCGCCUCAGGUACUUCUAUACGCAGUCCAUAUCUCCCGAGCCACGUGAUGUGGUGGUGGUGGUGCACAGUCACCCUCCUGCCAACACUCUCCUCAAGAACAUCAUUAAUCACACCUUUGAUGCUCUCAGCCUCAUGGAUCAGGUGGGAUUGUGUCUACCAGGACCUGAUGGCUGUUACACUGGGUCAUUUGGUGAAGAGAACAGUUUUGUUGUUCCAUCAUGGCCUGGCCCUGAUCCUCCUCUGGGCAGACAUGAUUACCUAGGACAGAUGUUGGCCAGCAAUAAGAAAAAUAAAAAUCACCUCAAGAGGCUGCUGGAGUUAUGGCCAGUUACAUCACCUACUUUUUCCAGUCACAUGGCGGCUGUGAGGGCAGGCUUGCAGCUUCUUGACUCUAGGCAUGAGUUUGAUUUGUCAGCUGGUGGUCACCACCAGGUGAUGGUAUACAUGACCACUGAGAAGGAAUGGAAAGACAACCCAGUGUUGGACAUACUCAAGGAUGCUGUCAGGAAUGGGACCUCCGUUGUGGUUAACCUCAUACAGGAGGGGGCAAAACCUGCUGGUAUAGAAGAAGGGAUAAUACUGAAGGAGAACAAUGCAUCACUCAAGGUGGUUCUCUUUCCUGACAACCCCACAUUUCGUAAUUCCCACACUAGUUUACCCAGUUUUGGUCAGAACAACAACAACCGCCCUGUAAUUACCAUACCCUACAUGGACUAUUUUGGCAUGAAUUACAUCAUCACUGUGUGCAUGCCAUUGGUGUUUCAGGAAGAGUUUGUGGGCACUGCCUGCAUUGAUUCCAAUGUGGUAAACCUUUUUACUGACACAACUAUUCAUGACAUAGAAAAUGCAUAUGUGUACUUGAUUAAUGGUCAGGGAAAAGCUUUGAUGCACCCACUAUUGCCUGCACCUCACUCUGUUACUGAGGACCCUGCCACUGUUACUAUCAACAUGUUGGAGCAGCACAAGACCGCUAACUCUUUGCUGAGGAAGAUUAUUAGCCAGGAGGAUGGUUCAGAGGAUUUAGUGGAAGGAAUGCUAGUAGAGGCUCUUGGGUGGCCUCCAGGCACUUCCCAACCCAAUGCUGUGAGAAGGAAGCGAGCCAGACUGCGUUUCCUCUGGACUUCAAUUAAGCGAACAGACCUUACCCUUGUCCUUGUUCUCCCUCUCACCGAUGGAAAGGUUGUGUCAACAAAGUACACAUGUUUCAACAUAACAUCAUGUGAAACAACUAAUUUCCAUUACCAUAAACCAAAGCUACAGGGCACAAAUAGGACAUUCUGCAAUUUUUCUGGCAUGCGAGCUGUCUACAAUGAAGGCCUUGUGAAAUUUGCACCAGAUUGCUUCAAUAAUAUGUUGAAGUACCUGAGGGAAGAGGGAGAUGAAACCAUCUCACAGAUCUACUCCAUCUUUAAUGGCAGCAGUCCUUUCAACGAGUUGUUAAGGACAGACUUAAGAGCAAGUGUGAAGUUGGCAGAAACAGCAGUGAGUGUAUGGAAAUCCAUUGGUACAAUGAGGAAUUGUAUUGGGGUGCAGUACAUGGGAACAGAAGAUGGUGUCUUCAUCUCCCUCCCAGGCACUGAGCUUAAACCCACUUAUGAUCACAGGAGCAAACCUUGGUAUCAGCUGACCAUUUCAUCUCUGAAGGGGGAUGUCAUUUCCAUGACAACACCAUACUGCAACAAGUAUGCACCAAGCACCAUGGUGUACACACUGUCUCGCUCAUUAAACAAUCGCCAUGGUACUCCCCUUGCAGUGGUUGCUGGGGACUUCACUCUCCAGUACAUAAUGAAUCACUUCUUCACUCAAGUUCCUGACUGCAAAUUGUCAUUGUGUCUCCUUGUGGACCAUAUGGGAUAUGUGGUGCUCAAGACAAACUGGCUCCAUGAAAAGACAACUCCCCCCGUGUGUAAUGACAAGACUGACAUCACAGCAGCACACAUCAUCAGACUACUGCCAGAUCUUGCCCGGGACAUGAUAGGCAGUGGACUACUGAGGCGACGAGGUUGUCAUGACUAUAAGCAUGACAUAACCUUCUAUUACUGGUGGCUGAACAUGAGGGGACACAAAACUCUUCACACAGGUGAUACAUAUGAGCUUCACAAGAUAUCAUCUUCCAAUCUCUAUUUUGUGAUUGGGAAGCAAGGAUUUGGGCAAGACAACUGCCACUGCAAUCCAUACCAGGAAGAGGAGCUAUUAGAGUGUCAUGACACGUGCAAAAUGGAAUGUGAGUGCCCAUGCAAGGCAGGACCAAAUACCCAGCCAUGUCAUAAUGCCGAGGCAGAUAUUCACAGUUCCAGGUGGGUUCUUCCUCCAUGCAAGCCCAGCGACCCGUCUCUUCCCACUGCCAGCAGUGUCACACUAAAGGAGCUGCAGGAGUUGAAGCCAUGCAACAGAGGUGAUGGCAAGGAAGAGAAGUAAGUCAUUGUUCUCUGCUUUGUUGGGGCACAGUAUCCUUCUUUUAAGUGCUUUAGAUUUAUUACAGCUACCAGUGCCACUAUCCCAUUAUCCUUAUCAUCAUUUAAUAAUAAUAAUAACAAAAGUUUGUUUUUAAUAUUUGGCAGCCAUUAGGCUGAAAAUUCACAGAUAAUAAAUCUUAUGGCUAAUACAAAGACAGACACAAAAAAGAGUAGGGGGAUGGUUAGGGAGGGUAGGGGAAUACUAAAAUAGAAACAAAAUAAGUUGGGGGAUGGUGCAGUGGGGACAGAGAGGAUAGCAUCGAGAUGCUAAUCCAUUGGGUUGACAGGACUAUCACUUCUGCACUGCUUAUAAUGCGCAAAAUGAUUGGCACUGCACUAUGCUUGUAGCAGUUAGUGCACAGCACACUGAGGGGGUCAAGUUUGUUAUUACGCCUGAUGAAAUGGGUCGGGGGAGGUGCAUUGGGUAGUAGAAGGUGGCGAUGGUGAGGGUUGUGCAGCAGGUCCUUGUCAAACUUUCUGAGUGUGGCCUAGUGCCUGUCAGGGAGCCUCGGCAGACUCAGAGUGGUUAGGGCAUUUUCUCAGGUAUGGUAAGCACGGCCUAAGAGGACCCUGUAUGCCCGCUUCUGAACCCUCUAAAGCUGCUGUUUUUGGGUGAGGGUGAGAGAGGAUGACCAUGCCAGGGAGGCUUACAUGAGUUUAGACAAUACAUGUGUGUAUAUAAUGUACAAUUCUAUAGCCACUACCCCCAGUGCCCUAAGUCUUCAUAGCAUGUACAGCUGGUAAGAGGCUGCUCUGAUUGUGUUGCUGAUGUACUGCUUCCAGUUGAGCUGGUCUUCCACCAUAAUGCCAAGUACAGUAGUUUGGUGGCCUGGACUACCUGGAGGUGAUGGGGGCCAACUGAGAGGUGCAGAGGUGUAUCACCAUGGUCUUGGUGUGGUUGACUGUGACACUGUUGUCCACCAUCCAUGCUUGAAGGCUGUUGAGGGAUGCUUGAAGUGGUGUUUAGUUUGGAGUCCUGCUGUUGACGGGGGUGCCCAUUGUGCUGUCGUCAACAUACUUCCAGCUUUGCGGGUUGUCCACGAGGGCCUCAUUGAUGAGCACCAGGAAGCAGAGAGUCAAUUUUAGUGCUUUGCAGGAUGCCACAUGUCAUUUGUUGAAAGGAGGAAAACUUGAGAGCAAACUACUUGCUGGUGACUGCUGAGGAAAUCAGUAAGUCACAUGACAAGAUUUACAUACAUUUACAUAGAAAUUCAUACCACACUGACCCUAUGGUUCAGACUAGGUGGUCGACCCUUAAACCUACAAUAAAGGUGAAGCCCUGAGAUAAUCAGGCAGCCACAUGAUGAGGAUGAAGCCCUCAAUGGGCUUAGUAAUGACAACAGUGUGGUCUACAAGGUCAAAUACUUUCCUGAAGCCAAUAAAAGCCUUGACAAGGGAGGUGUCAUGUUUGUCCAGGUGGUUGUGUACAAAGUCGAGGAAGCUGACUGUUUCCUGUAAGCAAAGGGUAUAGAAAAACGUGUAUAUACACCAAGUUAGCUAACACUGGUUAUAAGACCGAUUUGUUUUAAGAAAAGCAUCAUUACUACAUUCUAGUAAGCAACGGAAAUUUUUAUGUUCAUAAUGUAAUUCAGCACUUCCUCUUUUCACCCUUUCUAUAUGCCAUCUGAUCUAUCAAAUUACUGUAUUUGUGGCCUCAUUUUAACUCAUAUUAAACAUACUCUUCCUCAUCAGGGUCUUGCUUUCAGUGUUAUUAUAAGCAAGUCUAUAGUAUAUUCUUUGAACUUGAUGGGAUUGUAAUAAUAAUGUUGCUCCACCAGAGAUUCCAACAAAAAGGG